AUGACCCAAACCCAGGUCUGUGGAGAGGGGCGGGUCCCACCUGGGUCCCCCCCUCCCCAGGCACGUAACAGCCAGGCUCAGGUGACUGCUGCAGCCCGAGCUCCUGGAUCCUCACAGUCCAGGUCUCAGUCCCGUGUGAAGGCGCGGAGCCUUGGCUGUGCCGAGCCGCGCUGCUCCUCCACCUCCUUCUACAAGAACUGCUGGAUCCGCCGCUUCCCCGGGGUUUGCAUCGACCUAGAGGAGUCUCUGCGGCGAGGGGCGCACCUGCUGACGGCGUACCCGGAGGACACGGCGCUCAAGUGCAGCCGCUCCUGCUGCCUCACCCGCAACUUUUCUUGUAAUUUGGCUGUUUUUCAUUACGACACAACUCAAGAGAGCGUGAACUGUUUCCACCUGCACUGUCCCAGUCUGGAGAGCUGCAUCCUGAACCACCGGCAAAAUGUGGUCCUCUACAACAUCACCGACGGUGUGGAUCCGGACCUGUUGGUGUUCGGUAAAUACUUCAACACAAAUGUGCGUGUGUUGCCGCAGCACUACAGCCGCUCCAACGCCUCGGACCCUCUGCCCCCGGACAAGAGGCAGUUCAUCCACCCGUACCCCCGGCCGCGCCCCGCUCCCCGGCCCAUCCCCAGAACCACGGCCCCAGCGUUCACCAGGCCAGAACCAACCCACACGGUAACAAUCACCAAGCACGUCACAUUUGGUCGAGAAACUACAGCUGCAGCUACUUCUGGAGUCAAAACAUCCAGUAUUGCAGCGAGAAAAGAGUCUCCAAAGAGCGAGACUAAAUAUUCAGACAUGGCAACCGCUACUCCACUGGAAACGCCACUUUAUACCUCCACUAUUCCCCCGCGUACAACCCCUACCCCCACGUUUAAAACACAACUCUCGACGUCCCAGUCUGAAAAAUCUGCUCAUACGACGCUCCCCACUCCGCUUUCGUCCGAUACGUCGUCACAAACCCACAACGACUCCAGCACCAGUGCAGAAAGCAGCGAAGCUAAAGCUAACGACACCAAAUGGAGUCAGGGGAGAAAUCACAGCGUGGUCAGCGAGGACGGCCAGGGCCAGGGGGGCGACCCGUGGGGCGAGCUGGGGCCUGGUUGGCACGUGGCCACCCACACGGCGCUGGUGGUGGUGGCCAUCUGUGUGACUCUGCUGCUGGGCUGCUGCUGCUCGCUGGUCCUGGUGUUCGGCUGGAGGGGACACAGGAAGAGGAUGGGCCACUACCGGACCACCUGGAGGGGCAAGAAGGGGUCCAUGCGGCUGGUUAAGUACGUCCUGGUGAAGGAGAACUCAUGA